AUGUUUAUUCGCGGUAUAAAGCGUCGAAAGUUGAUGUCCGCGUUAGGAAUGACUGGUGAUAAUGCGAUGGGUUUUAAUAAUGAUGAUGAUCUAUCCAAUCAAGCUGACUCAAGUAUCGAUGGUGUAGGUGGUAGUGAAUUUGAUGAAGAUUCUAUGCACGGUGCAAAUAAUUCUAUGAGUAAUUCAUCCUUUGCUCAAUCACAUUUUAACACACGAGAUUUUGCACCCGAACGUCCGCGACGACAAACAAAACAGCCUACCAUUGCUGUAGAAGAUAAUAGUAAUUUAAUAGCCUGUCUAGAAUAUAUCUAUCGUAUACUAUCACGAAAAGAUAAAGAAGGUUUUUUCCAGUUUCCAGUCACUGAUCAAUUGGCACCCGGUUACAGUCAAAUUAUUCGUCGACCAAUGGACUUUUCAACACUAAAGAAAAAAAUUCAUCAAGAAGACUAUCAAACUAUUAUGGAUUUUCGUCUAGAUUUUGAAUUAAUGUGUCAAAAUGCGAUGACGUAUAAUCGUCCGGAAACAAUUUAUUUUCAAGCAGCUAAAAAAUUAUUAACAGUCGGCACAAAAUUAAUGAGUAAAGAUAAAUUAUUAAGUUUUAGAAGGAGUUUAGAAUGUUUUGCACAUUUAACAGAAAAAGAAUUAGGGUUUAAAAUUGAAAGUAUAUCUUGUUAUAUUUCUCAAACAACAACAAUGCCCAUGGCAGAGAAUGAAUCAGUUGUAGAACAACAAUUGGUGAAUACAGAUCAACAUAUGAAUAAUGUCGGAGGAGAAGCAGAUUAUAUGGAACAGCAAGUAACCAGUAACCAUUUGUCGACAAUUAGUAUAUCAGCCGCAUGUUCACAAAGGAAACAUAAGCAUACACGAUUACCAAAAUACUAUGAAAAAUUAACAACAUUAAUAAAUGAUGAAGAUGAAGACGAAUUGUUGCCGGAAGAAAUUCUUGCACAAGCUCAACAAGCGGCUCAAUGUGCACGAGAAAAAUUGAGUUUACGCCAUCCAGAUGAUGGUGAACGAGAAAAACAGCAACAUAUAGCGAAACAAUCGUUAUUUAAUCAUAAUUCUCCAACUCAUCCAGUUUCAUCACCGACAACAAACAUCAUCACCAACUCAGGAGCUCUACCCAUAAACAGAAUUUCAUCUUUAAUGAAUAAUGAAUCAUCCGUAACGUGUCGAACAAUGACUAUUGGCGAAUUAAAUAAUGAUGGUACGCAGAUCGUUGCUAACGCACAACCAAAUUAUACUCGUACAUCAACGAUAAUCAAUGAAGUUGAAAAACGUAACCAUUUAUCACCUCGUUAUUUUCUUGAUUAUGGACCGUUUAGUUCUCAUGCUCCAUCGUACGAUUCAUCAUUUUCUUCUAUAACAAAAGAUGAAUUAGAUUUAUUAAUACAUACAUAUGGCAGUGAAUUUUCAGCAGCAUAUGCCGUUUCAUUACUUGAUUACGUCAAGGAUUCAGGAGAAUUAGCAAUGGCCUAUGUUGAUCGAUUGUUGAGUGUAUUAACAAAUGGUGAACAUGAAAACUAUGUUCUAAAAAAAAGACAACAGAAAGAACCGCUAAAAACUGAAAUGAAGUCAGAUGAAAUGAAUAAAAACGUAGUAGACAAUGAACAAACAACAUCGACGGAUGCAUCUGUAUCAGAAGCUUCCAACUUAGAAUCAAACACUCUUCAUUUAUCCGAUGGAAUCCAUUCAUCUAUGACAACAGUUGAAGUUAAGCAAGAAAUGACGGAUGAAUCAACCUACGGUGAACAUGCUGCUGGAAUAGAUAUGAAACUCGAUGAAACAUCUAAAUUAUUAGUUACACUUCGUCAAGCGCAAUAUGAUCGUUUAAGUCAACCAACGAAUACAAAUCAUAUUUUAUCUAAUUCAAUACAACAACCACCAAAUGAAUAUGAAAUAGCACAAAAAGUAUUGAGCCAUUUGACAGAUAUGACUAAAGAAACAAAACCCGAAUAUGCUGUUGAUCCACAAACGAUAAGACAAACAAUUGGUGUUGUUAUUAAACAAGAACCAAUAACAAAUGUGGAUCAACAAAUAUUAGACUUCGAAAUAAAAACUCCCGAAACUGCUGAAAAUAAAGAUCGAGAUGAUAGUCUGAUAAAAUUUAAUGAUUCAGAUCAAUUUUUUCCAUUUGAGUAA